GAUACUCAGCUGCACUCCCCCGUGCCCAGGAUACCCCCAGUGCCCCAGAUACUCCCCAGUGCCCCAGGAUACCUGCCGUGCCCCAGGAUACUCCCCUGCCUCAGGAUACCCCCCUGCCUCAGGAUACCCCCGUGCCCCAGAUACCCCCCGUGCCCCAGGAUACCCCCUCUGCCCCAGGACACUCCCCCUCGGCCCCAGGACACCCGCCUGUGCCCCAGGAUACUACCCCUGCCCCAGGAUACCCCCUGGCCCAGAAUACUACCCUGUGCCCCAGGAUACCCCCCGUGCCCCAGGAUACCCCCUGUGCCCCAGAAUACCUCCGUGCUUCCAGGAUACCCCCGUGCCCUCCCCUGAGCCCCAGGACACCUCCGUGCCCCAGGAUACUCCCCCGUGCCCCAGAAUACUACCCCGUGCCCCAGGAUACCCCCCCGUGCCCCAGGAUACUCCCCUGUGCCCCAGAAUACCCUCCUGUGCUUCCCCAUGCCACCCCCCUGUGCCCCACUCCCCAGCCCAGGAUACUCCUCCUGCCCCCUGUGCCCCCCGGCCCCAGGACACCCCCUGCCCCCUGGCUCAGGAUACUCCCCCGUGCCCCAGGAUACCCCCCGUGCCCCAGGAUACCCCCUGUGCCCCAGAACACCCCCCCGUGCCCAGGACACCUCGCGGCUCCAGAACUCCUGCCCCAGGAUACCCCCGUGCCCCAGGAUACUCCCCGCCCCAGAAUACUCCCCCACACUUCCCCUGCCCCAGGAUCCCCUCCCCCCCCCAGCACACCCCCAGCCCCCCUGCCCCCAGUGCCCCCCCGUGCCCGAUACCCCUCCCUCCCCCCGCCCCAGGACUCUCCAGGCCCAGACUCCCCCUGCCCCAGGAUACUCCCCCGUGCCCCAGAAUACCACCUGUGCCCCAGGAUACUCCCCGUGCCCCAGGAUACCCCUGUGCCCCAGAAUACCUCCGUGCUCAGGAUACCCCCGUGCCCCAGGAUACCCCCCCUGUGCCCCAGGAUACUCCUCCUGUGCCCCAGGAUACUCCCCCGUGCCCAGAAUACUCCCCGUGCCCCAGGAUACUCCCCGUGCCCCAGAAUACUCCCCGUGCUCCUGCCCCAGCCCCUCAGCCCCAGGAUACUCCCCUGCCCCAGAAUACCCUGCGCUCAGGAUACCCCCUGUGCCCCAGGAUACUCCCUGCCCCACACUCCCAGCCUCCCAGGAUACUCCCCUGUGCCCCAGGAUACUCCCGUGCUCAGGAUUCCCCUGUGCCCCAGGAUACCCCCCCUGUGCCCCACCCUCCCGCGCCCCAGGAUACUCCCCUGCGGCCCCAGGAUACUCCCCCAAUACUCACCUGCACCCCACCCCCAGUGCGCCACCCCCUGCCCAGAGACUCCCCAGUGCCCCAGGCACCCCCCGUGCCCAGGAUACUCCUGCCUGAGGACACUGGCCUCAGGAUACUCCCCUGUGCCCCACUCCCCGUGCCCCAGGACACCCCCGUGCCCCCACCCCCAGCACUCCCCUGUGCCCAGGACACUCCCCUGCCCCCAGGAUACCCCUGUCCCCAGUGCCCCAGAUACUCCCCGUGCCCCCCCCCCCAAUGCCCCCCAGGAUGCUCCCUGCCCGUGCCCCAGAAACUCCUGUGCCCCAGGACCUGUGCCCCAGGAUACCCCCGUGCCCCAGACUCCCCCGUGCCCGUGACACUCCCAGCGCCCAGGAUGCUCCCCCCUGUGCCCCCUGAUACUCCCCCAGCCCUCCGUGCCCCAGAACACUCCCCUGUGCCCCAGGAUACCCCCCUGUGCCCAGGAUACCCCCCGUGCCCCAGGAUACCCCCUGUGCCCCAGGAUACUCCUCCGUGCUCCAGGACACCUCCAUACCCCCCUGCCCCAGGAUACUCCCGUACCCCAGGAUACCCCCCCGUGCCCCAGGACACUCCCAGUGCCCCAGGAUACCCCCGUGCCUCCGCCCCAGGAUACUCCCGCCCAGGAUACCUCCCCGUGCCCUGGAUACCUCCCCUGCCACUCCCCGCCCCAGGAUACUCCCCUGCCCCAGGACCCCCCUGCCCCCCCGUGCCCCAGGACACCCCCGUGCCCCAGGAUUCCCCUGCCCCAGAAUACUCCCCGUGCCCAGGAUACCCCGUGCCCAAGAACACCCCCUGUGCCCCAGCACUCCCCCUGCCCCAGGAUCUCGUGCCCUGGCUCCCCGUGCCCAGGAUACUCCCCUGUCCCCAGGAUACUCCACCUGACCCCAGAUACUCCCCAGUGCCCCAGGAUACUCCCCCGUGCCUAAGCACACUCCCCAAUGCCCCAGGAUACCUGCUUCAGGAUGCCCCCUGUGCCCCAAGAUACCCCCUGCCCCAGACUCCCGUGCCCCAGGACACUCCCCCCGUGCCCCAGGAUACUCCCCCGUGCCCCAGAUACUCCCCCGUGCCCCAGAACACUCCCCCCGUGCCCCAGGAUGCUCCCCUGUGCCCCAGGAUACCCCCGUGCCCCAGGACACCUCCGUGCCCCAGAAUACUCCCCUGUGCCCCAGGAUACUCCCCCCGUGCCCCAGGACCCCCUGUCCCAGGAUACUCCCCCGUGCCCCAGGAUACUCCCCGUGCCCAGGAUACUCCUCCCGUGCCCCAGGAUACUCCCCCGUGCCCCAGGACACCCCCCCGUGCCCCUGAUACUCCCCCCGUGCCCCAGGAUACUCCCCCGAUACCUCCUGUGCCCCAGACACUCCGUGCCCCCUGUGCCCCCCGUGCCCCAGGAUACCCCCUGUGCCCCAGGAUACUCCCCGUGCCCCAGGAUCCCCCAGCCCCCUGCCCCUGUGCUCCAGCCCACUCCCCCCCUGCCCAAGCACUCCCCCGUGCCCCAGGCCCUCUGUCCCGUGAACUCCCCCGUGCCCCAGGAUACCCCCGUGCCCCAGGAUACUCCCCCAUGCCCCAGGACACUCCCCCGUGCCCAGAUACCCCCCGUGCCCCAGGAUACUCCCGCCCCAGGAUACCCCCCGUGCCCCAGAUGCUCCCCGAUACUCCCCGUGCCCAGGAUACUCCCCGUGCCCCAGAAUACUCCUCCGUCUUCAGGAUGCUCCCCGUGCCCCAGGAUACUCCCCGUGCCCAGAAUACUCUCCGUGCCUCAGGAUGCUCCCAUGCUAGGACACUCCCCGUGCUUCAGGAUACUUCCCCGUCAGGAUCUCGUGCCCCAGAAUACUCCUCCGUUGCUGGGAUACUCCCCGUGCCCCAGGAUACUCCCCGUGCCCCGGAUAUCCCCGUGCCCCAGGAAUACUCCUCCGUGCCUCAGGAUACUUCCCCGUGCCCAGGAUACUCACCGUGCCCCAGGAUACUCCCCCGUGCCCCAGGAUACUCCCCCGUGCCCAGAAUACUCCCCGUGCCCCAGAAUACUCCCCGUGCCCAGGAUACUUCCCCGUGCCCCAGGAUUCUCCAGUGCCCAGGAUACUCCCCGUGCCCCAGGAUACUCCCCGUUCCCAGAUACUCACCCGUCCCCAGGAUACUCCCAGUGCCCCAGGAUACUCCCCGUGCCCCAGGACCUCCCCAUGCCCAGGAUACUCCCCCGUGCCCCAGGAUACUCCCGUGCCCAAAACUCCCCGUGCCUGAAUAUCCCGUCCGGAUACUCCCAGUGCCCCGGAUACUCCCCCGUGCCCAGGAUGCUCCCCCCGUGCCCCAGGAUACUCCCCCGUGCCCAGAAGACUCCCCCGUGCCUCAGGAUACUCCCCGUGCCCAGAAUACUCCCCGUGCCCCAGCAUACUUCCCCGUGCCCAGGAUUCUCUCCAGUGCCCCAGGAUACUCCCCGUGCCGGGAUACUCCCCGUUCCCCAGGAUACUCACCCAUUGCCCAGGAUACUCCCAGUGCCCAGGAUCUCCCCCGUGCCCAAAAUGCUCUGCCCCCAGGAUGUCCUCCGUGCUAG